GCUCGCUCUCGUCGCAAGCCCCCAUGCAGGCCCCGCCCGCGCCGGGCUCGCGCGCGCUCUCGCGAGCGUUGAGGGCUCGGGGCCGGCCCGGGAGGCGGCAAUAUGGCGGAGGCGGAAGGGGAGAGCCUGGAGUCCUGGCUGAAUAAAGCCACCAACCCUUCCAACCGCCAGGAGGACUGGGAGUACAUCAUUGGCUUCUGCGACCAGAUCAACACUGAGCUGGAGGGGCCCCAGAUCGCGGUGCGGCUGCUGGCCCACAAGAUCCAAUCCCCGCAGGAGUGGGAAGCCGUGCAGGCGCUGACGGUGCUGGAGGCGUGCAUGAAGAACUGCGGGAGGCGGUUUCAUAAUGAAGUGGGCAAAUUCCGCUUCCUGAAUGAGCUGAUCAAGGUCGUGUCCCCAAAGUACCUGGGGGACAGGGUAUCAGAGAGAGUGAGGACCAAGGUCAUUGAGCUGCUGUUCAGCUGGACGCUGGCCCUGCCCGAGGAAUGCAAGAUCAAGGACGCAUACCACAUGCUGAGGAGACAGGGCAUCGUGCAGAGUGACCCCCCCAUCCCCAUGGACCGCACGCUCAUCCCCUCCCCACCGCCACGUCCCAAAAACCCCGUCUUUGAUGAUGAGGAAAAAUCGAAGCUGUUAGCCAAGCUGUUGAAAAGCAAGAACCCAGAUGACCUGCAGGAGGCCAACAAGCUCAUCAAGUCCAUGGUGAAGGAGGACGAGGCACGGAUCCAAAAGGUGACCCGGCGCCAGCACACGCUGGAGGAGGUGAACAACAACGCCAAGCUGCUGCACGAGAUGCUGCUGCACUACAGCCGUGAUGGCUCAUCCGAGGCCGACAAGGAGCUCAUGAAGGAGCUGUGUGACCGGUGCGAGAGCAAGAGGCGGGCGCUGUUCAAGCUGGCCAGCGAGACGGAAGACAACGACAGCAGCCUGGGGGACAUCCUACAGGCCAGCGACAACCUGUCCCGCGUCAUCAACUCCUACAAGGCGGUGGUGGAAGGACAAGUCCUCAAUGGGGACGUGACCACCUCCGUGGGGCCUGACUCCGAAGGAAACUGCUGCAUUGUCCAGGGCACACUUAUCGACCUUGCUGAGCCCAACACGCCGGACUGCUCCUCCCCGGGCCCGGCCCCCUCGCCCCCCUCCUCCAGCAUCCCCAUCCUCCCGCCGCCCCCCCAGGCCUCGGUGCCCACGCGCAGCUGCACAUCCAGCCAGGCCGAGGCCCCCGUGGGGCCGCCCAGCACCAGCCUCUCCCUGCUGGAUGAGGAGCUGCUCUGCCUGGGCCUCACUGACCCAGCCCCCUGCAUCCCCCCGAGAGAGCCAGCUGCAAACGGCCAGUGGCCCGUGUUCCAGAGCAAACAGCCGGAGCUGGACUUCCUCAGCCCCAAGCCUGCUUCUUACAGCCCCCCUGCCCUGGCACCCCUGUGCCCCGCGCCCGCUGGUGGCCUGGCCCAUGCAGGCUCCUUGCUUCUGGCCGAGUGUCAGGCCCCCGGGCAGGCUGGCCCCAGCGCUGUGCCGCCACCAACAGCCCCCAGCCACCUUCUGGAGCCAGCACAAGUGACCUCCGGCCUGGUGAAGCCCGCCACCUCCAGCUUCUUCCCCGGGGCCCCCCCAGUGAGGCCCCUCCUCCCCUUCUCUGCAGGGCCCGGCAGCCCCCUCUUCCAGGCCGAGGGAAGCCCCGUGAAGGGUCCCGAGCUCUCCCUGGCCAACGUCCACGUUCCGUUGGAGUCCAUCAAGCCUAGCAGCGCGCUCCCCGUGACGGCCUACGACAAGAGCGGCUUCCGCAUCCUCUUCCACUUUGCCAAGGAGAGCCCACCAGGGCGGCCCGACGUGCUGGUGGUGGUGGUGUCCAUGCUGAACACGGCCCCCCUACCCAUAAAAGGCAUCGUGCUGCAGGCUGCUGUGCCGAAGUCCAUGAAGGUGAAGUUGCAGCCGCCCUCGGGGACUGAGCUGGCCCCCUUCAGCCCAGCGCAGCCCCCAGCAGCCAUCACACAGGUCAUGCUGCUGGCCAAUCCCCUCAAGGAGAAGGCCAGGCUGCGGUACAGGCUGACCUUUGCCCUGGGGGAGCAGCAGAACACGGAGGUGGGUGAGGUGGACCAGUUCCCGCCUGUAGAGCAGUGGGGGAACCUCUGAGCCCCGAGGCCGCGGCUGGAAGCUUCCCUCUAAGCCCCGGCGGGCACUCACGGCUUGUGGGGUAAUGGGGGCCGCGGGCAGCUGCUAGGAGUCUCCGGUGCCCCUUAAAGGACCUGGCUUUAUCUACCUGUGUGACUUGAAGUGGCCACAGGGCCUCAGUGGGCACGGCCCCGGGCCCCACACUGCACCAGGGAAUGUGUCCCGAUGCAGGAUCUGCAGUGAG